GUCUGCUCAAGAUCAGCUGUGGUUGUCCUCAGCGUCUAGGAUGACCAGCACAAACUUUUAUUGAGAUUUUUUCUAUAUCAUGCAGUCUUUGCGUACACGCAGGCCAUCUGAGACGCGUACCGUCAAACGUCAGGCCUCUAAACUCGAGAAGAAGCCGAUCAAUAAGAAUAUCCGCAAGUCCACCGUCGAUGACAAGAUAAAGAAGCGCAUGUCACUGCGCUAUGCAGAGAUAUCUGCACCCACCGAAGCUUCUGUCCCAGACGUGCCAAGCGUUCCCAUUGGGCUGCGGCCAGGCGCAGUGAGGGACCCAGAUGAACUUGUCUUGGAACGUGCCAGUAUCAGAGAGGACCCGAAGGCUAUAGAUCAAAGGUUGCUGGACAAGGAAGAUUUUGAUCCUGACACUUACUUGAAGGCCAAACUGGCUAACUCAACCGAGGCGGAGCUCAGGUCUCUCCAGUCUUCACUCAGAUCAUCCAAGGAUGAUACCGCUGUCGAACUACAGCGGAAUGUGUUUAAAAACUAUGCUGAGUUCGUACAUAUUUCCAAAGAAAUUUCUUUCCUCGAGAAUGAAGUGCUCGAGCUCAAAGAAAGCCUUUCUGAAUGGAAGUCUAUGCCGAGCCUUUUGCACAUUGAUGAAUCCGCCUCUGCUUCGGAGCGGCGGCGCAACGUCCGUUCAUCCAUUGCGGACCUUCGCGUGCUCUAUGCGAAUCAGAUGCAGACGCUGCAUACCCAAAUCGAGGGCUCCGCAAAAUUUGCUCCAACAACGCCAGGCAGACAUGUAAUUUAUGAGAUGGACGGGAUAUAUGCUCUCAAUGCGGCAACCUACAGGAUCAGUAACACUGUCAAGUUCGUCGUGCUAGAUGAUUCUGUGCUCGUCGCGAAGAGGAGGAGGAGGAACAACGGAGAAGGGGGACGGCUGGUGGCAGAGAGAUGUUGGCCUUUGAAUGAAAUGUUGGUGUUAGAUACGAAAGAUACAGCAACUAUGACGAAUGUCUUUAAAGUUCGCCAUCAAAAGGAGACAUAUGUUUACAGAACGGAGGCACCCUCUGAUAAGAAGAUUCUUCUUGGACAGUUUCGCCAGGUUGCCGAAGAACUUGCGAUCCGCAAACGCAGGGAGCGUGAAGGCGAGCACGAGCGACGUAAGAGCAUGUGGACCAGCGGAGAUCGCGCUUCCAUGACAUUGCAUCCUGACAAGAUGCCGCCCCUUCCUGACUGGAUGGCUGAGCUUGCCCGCAAAGCGGGCAUUGAUGGGGACACCAGCGCACGGGACAAAUCCGAGAGCGAUGCACGUUUCAUCAGUGAUUUUUCGGACGACCUUACAGUCGCUAUCGCUUUACGAUCCUGGGAACGGGCCGUUGAGCUAGUGGUGGAAGGUCGAGCUAAAGUUUCUUCCGUACCGUCAUUGAGCGCCAAGCUCACUCCUCUCACGGCGAGCCUCACCUCAGCAUUACUCGAUGCACUCAGUUCGCCCGGGAACCGCAAGAAUACUGCAGUAAACCUCAUUGGCCAUUUGUUAAAGCUUGGACAAGGUCCAGCUGCGAGGUCAACAUUCUUGAAUGCACGAGCGGAGGCGGUGGACCGGUAUGUCAGGGCUAUCAGAUUCGAAGGCCAUGUCGGGAUGUAUGUGCACGAUUUAGCUUUAGUCGUGUUUACCGGGAUCAAGCAUACAGCGGAUUGGUUCCUCGCGGGCUUUGUAGAGCAUGAUAUGACUAGCACUUUAAUUGACUGGGCUAAGAAACAAAUUGAGAUAUAUGCUGAGAGGUUCAGGAAGCAGGUCUAUAGUUCCGAUGCUGAACAACAGACUGUCAAAGAAGCACUCAAAAUCACACACAGUCAGAGUCGCAAGCUCCUACAAGAAUUUGGGCUUGACUUCCGCUAUCUCCUUGACGAGCUUCUGGUUCAGGACCCCCAGAGAAACGACACCUGCGUUGUUUCCGCUACCUUCCAUGCCCCUUCCCUAGGGCCCUCCAUCUCGGGCUCGCACACACCACAAUCCAUAUCAUCCUUCGUGUCUUCCUCAACGCCUCUCAUACCUUCAAUUCCAUCUGCCCCUGACUCGCCCGCCCGCCCUACUACACGCUCUCUAAUGCCUGUGCGCCCUGUCGUGCAGAUCCAUGACUCUGAUCACUCAUCGAGAUCUGCGCGGGAUAGCCCAGCUCCUCCACCACGUUCGUCAGAUCGUCCUGGGAGCACCAACAGACCACCAGUCGCCAUUCCACAAAGGGAAGGGAUGUUUUGACCGGAUAUCCUAUAUUACUGGUUUGUGUUCAAUUUCAUUGGCUGUUCUCAAAGAUUUGUGGCAUGCAUUCUACGCCCGAGAUGACAAGUACCAAGGUAUGCAAUUUUUCACCCUCCAACCCUCUGCCACGGGUUAGUACCGGGAAUGGAUACGACCCGAACUCGAACGUCAAUCUAGUGAUCGCCUACGCCUUCCUCCCUCAGAUACCGCUUGUCUCCUACUCUAGAGUCUGCAUAUCUGUCCUUGAAAUAUUUUGAUAGCGUGUACUCGUUCAGACUUGCCCCUGCGUUCCCCAUUCAUUAUGAGCAUUUACUAUCCAGACUGCGGAGCCUUUGAACCUCUGUAGCAUGCCCUCCAUACUGCUGCAUAGCUGGCCUCCGCUGAGGGGACUUCAUCGCGUUGAGUGGAUUGUGAGUCAGCGACGUGUAGAAACAAUUUUUUUUGUUGAUUCCAACUCGUGUCCAUUGGGGAGAGUACCCUAUG